GCCGGGUGGAGCGUCAUGUGUCGUCCGUGUUGUGAGUACCACCUGAUCCAGUGCCGGUGUCCCUCCACAGGGUCGAGGGUGGGCUACACCGUCCCCUGCUGCCGCAACGCUCUGGACCAGUGUGACCCCUGUAUCAUCCACCCAGGCUGCAGUCUGUUCGAGAACUGCAAGACCUGCCACAACGGGACGUGGAGGGCCAACGACGAUUUCUUCGUCGACGGGAAGUUUUGCACCGAGUGUCGCCAAGGCUGGAGCGGAGGGGACUGUAAAACAUGUGGAGGCGUCCUCCAGCGAGCCCAGGGUCUCGUGGUCCUGGAGAGUUACCCGACAAACGCCCGGUGUGAGUGGAGGGUGCAAGUGCAGAGGGGCAGAAGCAUCGAGCUCAGGUUUUCUCAGCUCAGUUUGGAGUCCGACCACACGUGUCGUUACGACUACGUGGAGGUGCGUGAUGGCGACGACCUGAGCUCCCCUGUGAUUGGCCGGUUCUGUGGGGAUCGGCUGCCUCCACCUAUAAAAAGCUCCGGGAACCUCCUGCACAUCCUGUUCACCUCAGAUGGCUACAACAACUUCGAUGGAUUCGUUCUCACUUUUCAGGAGAGUUCAGCCCCUGGCGAUCCAGGCUGUGCACCCCCAGAGGAACCAGUGGAUGGAUACUGGCUGCCAGUUUACAGCCUCCAGCACAAGCUUGAGUCUGUGAACUACCAGUGUCAUCCACCCUUCACCCUGAGCGGCUCCCAGCAGAGGAGCUGUCGGCCCGGUGGCCUGUGGAGUGGCAGCACUCCCACGUGUGUGAGAGGCCAGACGAGCAGAGUCCAGUGUGCCCCUCCACCCAAACUGCUCAACGGCUACUACAGGCCGGCUCAGGACACAGCGGGGGGUGCGGAGGCGGAGACAAUGGAGUUCUUCUGCAAAAAAUCCUUCGUUCUGAGUGGAAACCACCAGAGCACCUGUCUCUCUAAUGGAUCCUGGAGUGGCAGGCCACCCAAGUGUGUGAGAGCCUGUCGAGAGCCCAAAGUGUCAGAACUUGUGCGACAAAGUGUUGUGACGCCGCGUCUCUUGUCAAGAGAGACUCCAAACCAGCGGCUCUCAUCCAGGUCCCACAUCCACCACCUGUCCUCCACUGGUUUCAUCCCACUGACCCUGGACCGACUGUCUCCGGUGGACAGACAUGACGUCUCUUCGGACGAGCUUCCUCGUGGCUUCCACUCAGUUCACACGAGCAUCGAGUACCGGUGCGCCUCACCUCUGUACGACCACACGGGGAGCUCCCGACGCACGUGUCUGAAGAGCGGCCGGUGGAGCGGGCGCCACGUCUCCUGCUCGCCGGUUUGUGGCAAACUCGACACCUUCAGUCCUCAGAACCUCUCAGAGACUCAGUGGCCGUGGCACGCAGCCGUGUACGUCCGCUCGCCCCCUGACCGACAGGAGGCCUCGGAGGAGUCCGGGUUCUGGCUCCUGGCCUGCAGCGGCGCCCUGCUCGCCCAGCGCAGCGUCCUGGUGGCAGCCCGGUGCGUGGUGGACAAGGACGAGCAGCGGCCGCUUCACCCGGCGCACGUGAAGGUCGUGGUCGGCGUGCAGCAGCAGCACCGGGCGUCCAGGGCUCAGUGGAAAAGCCUGCAUCACCUCAGGGUUUCAGAUAUUUUAAUCCAUCCGAACUUUGACCUCACACCAGACGCCAGCGUGGCCGUGCUGAAGCUGAGAGACAAGGCCCGGAUCAGCGAGCGCGUGCUGCCGGUGUGUCUACCCACAAUUCACGGCGGCGAGGGGACUGUGCGGCAGGCCUACACCUCCAGGUGGACCCCACCGAACAAUCACAGACACCUGAGCCGCCACGCCCCCCCGAGCCAGACGCAGCUGGUUGAGCUGAGUGACGUGACUCAGUGUGAAGGAGGGUCCGCUCUCAGCGACAGCACACUGUGUGUCGUCAGGAGGCCGGCCGGUCCUCACAGCCCCUGUGCUGUCCCGGGCCUCACCACCCUGCCAGCUGUGUCCCCCCCCACAGGUGGAGUCUUGUCGGGUCAGGAGGAGACUCGGGGGGGCUCCAGCCGCUCGUCGGGCUGGCAGCUGCUGGCGUUGGAGGGUUUCAGCUGCGAGGAAAACGACCGACAGACUCACUCAGCUCAGACUGGAGUCGGCAGCUUUCGGGACUGGAUAGAGAGAAACAUGAAUUGA